CAAAUUUGAUCAUCCCCAGUACCCAGUAUGAGGUCUACUCCCAUUGGACGUCGCUCGCACCGAAAGUCAAGAGCAGGCUGCCUUGCCUGCAAAAGAAGAAAGGUCAAGUGCGAUGAAGGCAAGCCUAGUUGUGCGAAUUGUGAAAGACAUGGUGUCCCAUGCUCCUUCGUAGGUACAGUCGAACCUGUUCGAUUAGAGCAUGAAGCUGCAAGCCCGGCCAUUUCAGCAAGGCAUGAUGGUGCAGCAGAAACUGUCAGCCCAAGCAUUGGGCCUUCACAAGCACCAUCAACCUCAAGUCUUCCAGUAUUUGACAUGGAGCUAUUGCACCAUUAUAUGACCUCAACCUGCUACACAUUGAGUCGAAUCCCCUCCAUCCAGGCAAUCUAUCGCGACGAAGUGCCUCGGGUAGGCUUCACCAUGCCGGCCGUCUUGCACGCUAUGUUAGCCGUAGCCGCCUUACACCUUGCACGAACCGAUCCUUCUCGGCGGGACAACUGCAUUGCCCAAGCACACAUGCAUCACCAAACAGCCGUCCAAUCUGUGACGCCGAAUAUACCCACUCUAGCCUCCGACAACGGAGUCGCACUGUUUCUCUUCUCCUCGCUUACCUGCAUCUCUGCUUGUGCCAGUAUUCCCUCUGAGAGAAGUUUCCUUGUCUUAUUCGAGCAAGGCCGCCUUGCUAAUUGGGUUCUUCUUUUUCGGGGCACGAAAACUGUUAUUGAAUACAGUAGCCAUGAUUUCAACAAGGGGAAACUGGGCCCGAUCUUUAUGAAUGGUGCUCAGUCCGCCGCUGCAAGGGAUCCACAGACUUUUGAAAAGGGCCUGAUGUAUACUUGGGAAUUGAAACAGAUGAUUGGCAAUGAGUUCGUGCAGGAUCUACCGUUACGUCGAAUUUACGAGGAGACGUUGGAUGCGCUCAGCAGGACUCUGGGCGUUGUUAUGAAACCGGGGGAGGGACCAAGGCUUCAGACUGCAGAUGUAUUUGCGUGGUUGUUGGAAGCUUCAGAUGAGUACUUGGAAUUACUUGCAAAAGAGGAACCUAUUGCGCUCAUUAUUUUUGGGUACUUCUGUGUCGCAUUGCGUCAAAUUGAGUGGAUGUGGUGGAUGGAAGGACUGAGUGGUCGACUCAUGUCACAGUUGUAUUCUGUGAUGGAUGAGAAAUAUCGAGGUUGGUUACGAUGGCCGCAAGAGCAAAUAUGCUGGGUUCCUGGAACUAUAUGA